UGUUGGUUGGCUGCCUGAUCACUAUCGCGCCCGGUCGUGUUGCAGGAAGGCUUACCUGCAACAGCAUGCUAAUUAUGCAAAUGUGCAGCCCGUGCGGUGGGAUCUGAAGAGGCUCUUUGUACUUUUUCCCUCUUGAGGGGAGAGUAUGGGGGGGAGUGGGGACCGAUCGGCGGAGGGGUGGCUGCCUGGGUCAGAGGUAACAGAGAGUAGAAAAGACAGGCGCUACAGGAGCGGCAGAGCAGAGUCACUAUGACUUGUGUCAGCAGCUCUGUUCCAGGCAGGGAGCGAUUUUGGAUCCCCGCACAUCCAGCCGGCCCGGCCAGAAUGGUUGAGCCCAGACCUUCAGCUCUGCACCUGCUCUCUGGUGGGGAUGUACGCAUGGCGGACAUCGGCGUCAAAGUGGAACAGGAGGAAUGCGGCGGAGACGGCGGAGCCAAAACCAACUCGGAGCAUCCCAGGACUCUGCACGACUGGUCAGCAAGUCAGCCUCUAGAGACUCGCCAGCUGACCCCCCCACUGUCACGCUCCCCUUCAGAGGGCUCUCCAGGAAAGGAGCCGCCUCACAAGCAAAGCCCCAUGGGAGUUAAGGAAGCCGAGAUUCACGAGCGAUCAGAGGGGCCAGCCAAAAUUAAGGAAGUAAUGCCGACUAUCGAGAAGCUGCUGAACGCCGACUGGAAGGAGAAACUUCUGGAUAAAAGCUCAGUGGGCGCAGGACAACUAAAAGGCACCCCGGAGUCUCUGGCGGAGAAGGAGCUGCAGCUGCUGAUGAUGAUCAACCAGCUGAGCGGCCUCAGAGAGCAGCUGCUGAGCGCCCACUCAGAGCAGAGGAACAUGGCCGCCCUGCUGCUGGAGAAGCAGCAGCAGCAGAUGGAGCUGGCCCGGCAGCAGCAGGAGCAGAUCGCCAAGCAGCAGCAGCAGCUGAUCCAGCAGCAGCAUAAGAUCAACCUGCUUCAGCAGCAGAUCCAGCAGGUGAACAUGCCCUACGUGAUGAUCCCAGCUUUCCACCCCAACACCCAGACCCUCCCCGUCUCCUCAGACCCCCAGAUGACAUUGCCUCUGCAGCCCAUCCCCUGCAAGCCGACGGUCGACUACUCCAUGCAGCUGCUCCCAAACAGCCACCACACGCCCAUCAAGAGGAGCAGCAGCUCCUUUCGCCAGGAGGCGAGCCAGCCGCUGAACCUGACCUCCAAGCCCAAGGGGAUGGAGCUGGGGAAGACGUCCAGCCCUCUGAGCGUGGAGCUGGGAUCAGUGGGAUCCAUUCAGGGCGCCUACAGACCCAGAGAGGUGUCCCGCAGCCCGCCGCGGCCCGCCCUCAGUUUCCUAGGAGACGGCGACGUGGUCACCCAGGCCAUCCAUGAUGCCCAGCAGCUCUUGCGGAGUCACAGCAGCGGAGGGAGAGACAGAGACAGAAACAGAGACGGUUCUGGAAAAAUGGAAUAUAAAGGUUCUCCUCGUGCAGAAAAAAUAAGUCGCUGUGAGCGCAGCGAAGAGAGGCACGGCGAGGAGCACCUCAGCAGUGACUCUGAGGGGGCCCUCCCCGUCUCUGUUCCUGGCAGCUACUCUGAGACCCGGCCCACUUCCUCUACCGGCCACAUAAAGAGACCCAUGAACGCCUUCAUGGUGUGGGCCAAGGACGAGCGCAGGAGGAUCCUCCAGGCUUUCCCAGACAUGCACAACUCCUCCAUCAGCAAGAUCCUAGGCUCCAGGUGGAAGUCCAUGUCCAACCAGGAGAAGCAGCCGUACUAUGAGGAGCAGGCGAGGCUGAGCAGGCAGCACCUGGAGCGUUACCCCGACUACAAGUACAAGCCCCGACCCAAACGGACCUGCAUUGUGGAGGGCCGAAGGCUGAGGGUGGGCGAGUACAAAGCCAUGAUGAAGAGCCGCAGGCAGGAGCAGAGGGCCACCUACACACACAGCCAAUCAGAGCCGCAGCAGAUCCAGUACUCCCAGAGCGACCAGUACCCGGCCGGCGGCUCCAUCUCCGUCCCAGGCUUACCAUUUCACCCGGCGCUGCUGGAGCACUACCUGCCGCAGGGCCCGCCCCCCGCCCGCAGGUCAGAGGACCGGGCCACGCCCACCCCACUGCCCAGGGACAGGGAGAGAGAGAGAGAGAGAGAACGAGUGCCCUACAGCGAAGGAGAAGAAAGCGACUUGGGAGAGAGGAGUGAGGGGGAACUGGUGCUGCUCACAGACUGAUCAAGUUGGGCUCGGUGGGCCUCUGGGGGCCCAGUGGGCCCGGUGGCCCCGUAGAGCAAGGAGACGGAGAGGAAGACGAACAGAACUUCAGCUUCAGAUGUCGCUCCUGGUUUCAAGGCAAUCAGAAUCCAAAUCCUGGAUGACUGAGACGCCACACACACACACACACACACACACACCCACACGUACUCUGCUUGUACAUUAAUACAAACUCCCCAGUUCCCUCACACAAGUCCUUAUCAGUUCCCUUCCCAGAUGAGUCAUCACCUGCUUUGUGUUUUUUUUUUUCUUUUUUUUUUUUUUACUGUUGUUAGAAUGUAGAAAGUUAUCAUUUAAUCCCUUCUGCUUCUUGUUUUUCUUCCAUGUUGCCUUUUAUCAAACAAUACGCCUCCCAGGGAUUAGAAUCGCUGCAGGAAGUUCCAUAGGAACUGUUCAACUUAGAUUUGCUGCUUUUCACCUGUCAGGCAGCCCAGGAGACUGGACUGGGUCCACACCGCCCCCUGGUGGUGGAAGCUAGUCCUUACAAAAGGCAGACAUAAAGGUAGCACUGGACCGUUUACAUCCAACCUGAAACCUCUGACCAAAGAAAAGCCUGAAGACAGCAGGAUGCUUCACAUCAUCAUGUCUGUUUGUAGAGUGGGCUGCUUUGUUCUUUUGUGGGUUUUUUUUUUUUUUGUCUUCAGAUGUUGAUGCUGUCGUUGGCACAUUUGGAAAAGUCUUCGAAUAAUUUAUUAACCCGUCAUCCCAAAACUCCAACAUUUAAUUUGAGUACGUUUGUCUGUGGGUGUCCGCUCCCCUGAUGAUUCCUGUCAGACAGAACUAAAGAAUUUUCUAACCCAGAUUGUAAGACAUCAUAAAGUCCACCAGGAGACCAAAGGAAAAAAUCUGGUGGACAAAUUAUAGGUUUGAUUUUUAGUUUAUUUCUUUUUUUUUUUACCUGAAAUUUUUUAUAUUUGAAAAAAUAAUUAGAUCAUCUGACUCAUCAGUUAGGCAUUAAUUUGUCCUUUCAACAGAUUUUCUUUAGGAGGACACUAUAUUUGUGCUCCAGCAACUCCCAGUAUUUAUAAUAACAACAAUCAUAAUAAUAAUUAAAAAAAAAUUCAUUUUAUUGUUCAUUGGCUCUGUACAAAAUGCAUAAAAUCAAUUAAAAGAUACAAUAAUAAAAUAACUUGAACAGGAAGUGCAGGAGGCAUCAGAUAUAUAAGCAAUUUUAAAGAAAUAGGUUUUAAAUUCUGAUUUAAAAUGAGGGAGUGAAUCCUUCAUGACCCAAUAAUAACCCCAGUCACAUCCUCCUCCUCCUCCUCUUCCUCUUCCUCUUCCUGUUCCUCUUCCUGCUCCUCUUCUUCCUCCACAUUUCCUCUGUUCUCCUAAAGUGAACUGUAUUUGCUUCAGUUCCCUCUCCGGCUUGGAGGGUUGACCCCCGGCCUGUUGCAUAUAUUUGUUUUUUUUGCUUUUUAAGUGUUUCUUGAUUGUUGUGUUUAAUCUGUGCAUUUAAAUACAUGGUUUUUCUUUGUUUUGUUUUGUUUUUUCUUGGUGAAACGAUGCUGAAGCUCCUUCGUUCAUCAUCGUUUAUAUUCUUGUUCAGAUUGUCCAGCAGCAAGAAAAACCAUCUCAUGAAUUGAACUGCCUGUCUGAAAUCACUCGGUCCACGACGAACUGUAACUUGAAAGUGCAGAGGUGUAAUAUUCAUGAUUUGCUUUGUGAUAGAAAAUAUUAGUUAUGACAACGGUGGAGCACUAAACGAAAUGGAUUAAGUUGGUUUCCUUGGAGAAAAAUUAGUGAUUGGGAACGCAACCUUUCUGUUGCGUAUGAAAGGGAGCUGAACGUAAAUAAACCUGCAUCCAUCUGACGGCGGAUACAAAUUGUAAUUCAAUAGCACUUUCCACUUCUUUAGAGACACUGGUGAUGAUGGGAACACUGGCACCAUAGUUAGCCCUCCUUCCUUAUCUUGCUGUGUGACAUUAAGUUUUGUUUAUACAAAUAGGUAAUGGUCAGUCAUUUGUGUGAUGGUAUAUAAUGAUUUUUUAAAACAUUUAGCUUCAGAAUUGCAUCAGUUUUACGUCCUAUGAGCUUUUAAUGGGAAAACACUGGAAUUUUGUUCAUAAAUAGCUAGCUGCAGUAAGACUGCUGCCAACAAGAGGAUCCAUUUAGAAAAGACACAAAGAAGUUGCUGACAAUAACUUCAGCAUCUUCAGAAGUUGCUGAAGUUACAAACUUCUCUUGCUGAAGAGUUUGUCAUCUCUUCAUCAAGAGAUGACAAACCAUAACUCUUCUUUUCUUUAAGGCAAACCAUAACCAGCUACGACCGGUGUGUUUGUUUAAAGAGCUAGCUAAUCCAACAGAAAGCCUAGCUAUACAAGCUAAUAUCAGCAGUAACAAACAAAACCUCAAGAAAUUACUUAAAUAAUGUUCCUUCCUUGAGAUUUAUAAUUUUUGAUUACCAGUAAUAUGAUCAUAAGCUACAGUUAGACCCUGAAUUAUUCAUACCUAUUUUAGUAAUGGUAAUGGAUGCUUCUUCUUACUGAAAGCAGUGCUAAUGUUUUAGCAUUCUCCACAUUCACUCUGAGUUUGACGGGCCUCUUGGCAUCACCUAAUCUUUAGCUCCCUCCAUUAAGUUGUGGGGUUUUUUGACUUUAUAUGCUAACUUUGAUAGCAUUAAACUUUAGCAUAGGUCAAGUUGACAAACCGUAGGUGCCUGAAAUGAUUCCUACCUUUUAUUAAAUUUCAAUUAUUCCAGUUUUUUCAAUUCUGGUUCCAGCAAAGAAAUGUGUGUUUAAGAAGAAGUUUUAAGAAGUUUAUUUAUUUUAUUUUUAAUUUUUUAAAGGUUAGCUAGCAGCUAACUGUUUAGCUUAUUGAGUUUCACUGGUUGCAUUAAAAUCAACACAGAAGAAAACCUGGUACUUAAUGUUUUAUUUUGUAAAAAAAAAAAAAAAAAAGUUCUUAUGUUAUGAAUUUAAAGAUAUAAGUUCAUAACUGUGGUGUCUUUGUUCUCAUCAUAUCCUGGCUCUGUGGUAUUUAGAUUAUUUCAAUAAAGAAGUUGUUUGCUGUUAGCUGUUAGCCAAGGGCGGGGUCGGUUAAACAAGAAUGGCGGAUAAGUGUCUCAGGCCUAAACUGGACAUGAAGGUUAAUCAGAAACAUGCUGGUUCUUUUGUGUACAGAGAUCAGAAAUGAGUUAUUUUAUUACAUACUAGAACCAUCUGUCAUUACCCUGCUGAUGUAAAUAUAGAAAAACUUUAUUUUGUUUAUAAGAGCUUGUGUAAUUUAAAGGUGUACAUUUCCAUAUGUUUUCAGAGUUUUUGAAAGACAAUAAACUGGUUGUUUUAAUCAU